AUGGUUGGGGGAGGGGCUGGGGGGUGUUAGAGCCGCGGCGGAGCGGAGCGGCGCGCGUGCGCGGCGCGGGAGGCGGAGGAAAAUGGCGGACGGCAGAGCGGAGGUGCAGAAGGCGAAGCGGCCGCAGCCCGGAGGAGGACCUGAAGAAGAGGCAGAAAAACCUGUGAAAACUAAGACUGUUUCUUCCAGUAAUGGAGGGGAAAGUUCGAGUCGCAGCGCAGAGAAACGAGCGGCUAAUGAAGAAGCUGAAGACUUCACCACAAAGCCUGCUCCUGCCAAAAUGUCCAAGUUUGGAUUUUCCAUAGGCAGUCAGACAACAAAGAAGGCAUCUGCAAUAUCCAUCAAGCUAGGAGCAAAUAAGCCUAAGGAGCCUGUUCCAACCCUCGCUCCAAAAACUCUUUCUGUAGCAGCAGCUUUCAAUGAAGAUGAAGAUAGUGAACCAGAAGAAAUGCCUCCAGAAGCCAAGAUGCGUAUGAAGAACAUUGGAAGGGAUACACCAACCUCAGCAGGACCAAAUUCCUUCAAUAAAGGAAAGCAUGGGUUUUCUGACAACCAGAAGCUAUGGGAACGGAAUAUAAAAUCUCAUCUUGGAAAUGUCCAUGACCACGAAAAUAACUAAAUGAUGUGGAUUGAGAUUUGGGUGUUUGGGGGGAGGGGAGGGUGUAACAUUAAAGGAACAGUUUCCUUUUUUAAGAAUGGUAUAAGACUAUCUUUGGAGCCGCUUUUUUAAGAUUUGAGUGGUACACUAAUAACUGAGUUUGAAAUUAGAGGUAAUUUAUGUUUUGUAUACAGAUUUCAAGGCAUUUGCUAAUUUUGUAGUUCCAUGUGAUUAGUUUCAAAAGGUUACAGAUAAUAAAGAAAUUGGAGUGGUACCUUUUCAAGAUUAUUAUUAUUAUUAUUAUUAUUUUUGUCAGUGAGUAUUAAGGUGGAUGAAAAAGGUUACUGUCUCUUUAAUCAGGUUAAUGUUGAAUGCUUUUGCAUUCUCACUUCUGGCUCCCUCUUCGUAACAGGAGAAACAGUUGGCUCCUGAGAAUACUGUUAAAGCAAGUGAGCAUUGUCUUGUGCUAGAAGUGUUACUGGACUAUUAAUUUGAAUAUAAACAACAGAAAUAUUAAAAACCUGGAAUUUUUUUCCCUAUUGUCAUCUUUUGUUAAGUCUCUGCAAAUUAGGAAUUAUGUUGCUCUGAGUGGCUCUGGUAACUUAGCUCUAGUUUUGUUUAAAACUUCAUGUAGCGUGUGUAACAUUCUGUGGCCUGUUUCACUGUAAGGAAAUGGGUCUUGUCUGUAUAUUAGAUACAGCCUGUAAGGAAUAUUUCACUACAAAGGUGAACCUAAACAAAGUAUUUUCAGUGUGUUCCUCUUAAGUCAUUAGCAUUGAGUAGUGCUUGUUAGCAUUUCCUUGUGAAUUAAAUAGAGACUAAUACUAAAGGCAGUAAUUAUUGAUAUAUAAAAGCCACCACCAAAAAGACAAGAUAAUGUACAUUAAGCUUCCCAUUUGGUUGAAAUAUUUUUCUUUACUAUGUCUAAAAGAAAUAAAAGCCACACCAAAAAAUCAGUAACUCACUGCUUAACUACAAAAACUCUAAGAUGCACUUUCCCUGUCUCGCUAUCUAAAACAAAAUGCCUUGAUGCCUGUGGCUUCAAUGGACACUAUCAGGUUCAAAAAAAGAAAGAAAGAACUUGUAGUGCUAAUAAUUCUAAGAAGUGUCAACUUCAGAAAUAAAACUUGACCUUUUCCUGCCUUUCUGCCUUUUGCAAUAACUUUGAACAAUGACAUUAGUCUGAUCAGUUUAACUUCCUAGCUUUUGUACUGCCGAACAGUGCUAUAAGAUUUCAAACCUAGUAAGGGCUGUCUGAAUUUCAGUCUAACUUAGAUUUCAUAUUUGUAAAAUGUCGUACUAGCAGAUCUGGCAAAAAUAGUUAACAAAAAAGAGAAGGGAGGGGAAAAAGAAGCAAAGGUUCUCUUUACAUUCAAGUACCUGAUAGUGUCUACAGAUAAAUUCAUUUCAGCCUGGAAUUGGUUGUAGAAUUUAAUGUUAAUUGCUUUCAUCCUGCCUUUAAUACCUUUCCUCAUGCUAAAGCUGAACCUGUGAGUGCAGAAAGGAAAGUGCAUCUUCAAGUGUAUUUUUUUAUUUUAAGAAAGCUCUUACCACUUAGACUUUUGAGUUUGUAAGUUCUGAAAAGUAUUUUUUGUAUUUUUGUAUUGUAUGUGUAAUCUCUUUUCUUUAAAGUCUGAUGCAGUUGAAUACCUGUAACUAUUUUCUUUAAAAGCCUUGUUAUAAACGUAACAUAAAAAGUAUACUUUUUUUUUGCAUAGUAGAAAUCUUUGAUUUAUAUAAACACUUUCAAAACUGAA